ACACAUGGUACGGCACUUCUCUAGAGUGCUAUCUGUCCGUACGCUAAAUUAGACGUAGUUUUGGUGCACACGCGAGUCUUUACAUUUUGUUUUUAUUUUAGUUCAGUUAAUUAUUUCCCCGCAAAGGUUUUCAUUAUAUCGCAAACAUGCCCGAGUUUAUAUCAGUAGAGGAGUUCAUCGCAGAAACAUUGGAGGACUACAGCUCUCCAACAACCUCGUCUUUUACAACAAAAAUGAUAAGUUGCCGGAAUUCCGCCAACAACAUCGAGGAGGCCCUCGACUGUGACCGGACUGUCCUUCAGAAACUGAAGAAAGCUGCCAAAGCGAAGCAUGCUUCAGGUCAAGACCACAUAUCACAUCUGGAGGUCUACAUCAACUCCAUGGAGAAACUUGCCGUAAAUUUCCGGAGCAACGGGGAGCAAGAGGUGGCCUCUGCCUUCAACAAGUUCGCCGAGUUCUCCAAAGAGCUGCUGACGCCAAUGAAAAACCUGUUGAAUAGCAUGCUUCACAACAUCAACUUCUUCCUGGAUUCUCUGGUGAAAGGGGACCUGAGAGAGGUGAAAGGGGAUCUGAAGAAGCCAUUCGACAAGGCCUGGAGAGAUUAUGAGAAUAAAUUCACUAAGAUAGAGAAGGAGAAGCGUGAGCUGGCAAAGCAGUAUGGGAUGGUGCGGACGGAGGUGAGCGGAGGGGAGAUCGCUGAGGAGCUCGAGAAGGAGCGCAGGAUGUUUCAGCUGCAGAUGUGCGAGUACCUUAUCAAAGUGAACGAAAUCAAGACCAAGAAGGGCGUUGACCUGCUGCAGAACCUUAUCAAGCACUACCACUCCCAGUGCAAUUUCUUUCAGGAGUGCCUGGUGGCCACAGAGAGAUUGAAGCAAUACAUCGACAACCUGACAGGGGAACUCACUCAUAUUAAGCACCGGCAGGAUGAAGAGAAACGACAGCUGUGUGCCCUCAGAGACCAGCUUCGACCUGCGCUACAGCCUGAACUCAAAGAGGACUCGCUCAGCAAACAGACUGUGUACAGCAUGCACCAGCUCCAGGGAAACAAACAGUAUGGCACUGAGAAAUCUGGAUACCUCUACAAGAAGAGCGAUGGGCUGAGGAAAAUGUGGCAGAAGAGGAAGUGCACGGUGCAGAACUGCUAUCUGACCAUCGCUCAUGGAACGCCCAACAAGGCACCGGCCAAGCUAAACCUGCUCACCUGCCAAGUCAAACCCAGCCUGGAGGACAAGAAGUGCUUCGACCUCAUUUCUCAUAAUCGAACAUAUCACUUCCUGGCGGAGGAUGAGCCGGACUGUGUGGCCUGGAUCUCAGUGCUGAGUAACAGUAAGCAGGAGGCGCUGAACGUGGCUCUGGACGAGCGGCGCACGGCCGGCGGGGAGAGCAGCGUGGAGGAUCUGACGCGGGCCAUCACUGAUGACAUCAGACGCAUGCCCGGCAACCACGUCUGCUGCGACUGCGGUGCACCAGACCCAGAAUGGAUCUCGACUAACCUGGGCAUCCUGACGUGCAUCGAGUGCUCAGGCAUCCACAGGGAGAUGGGCGUCCACUACUCUCGUAUCCAGUCCCUCUCCCUGGACAAGCUGGGCUCCUCCGAGCUGCUGUUGGCAAAGAACGUGGGGAAUUCUGGCUUUAACGAGAUCGUGGAGGCCAAUCUGCUGAGCCCCUCACUGAAGCCCAGAGCCGAGAGUGACAUGUCAGUGCGUAAGGACUAUAUCCUGUGUAAGUACAUGGAGCUGCAGUUCGCCCAGCGAAGCGGCAGCUCCCCGGGAACGUUGCGCCGCUGCCUGCAGGAUGCGGUCAGGAGCCGGGACAUCUUCAGCCUGCUGCAGCUCUACGCCGAGAGACUGGACCUCAGCCUGCCACUACCCAGCCCACUGCAGGAGAAAGGGGAGAGUGCUCUGCACCAGGCUGUGCUGCUGUCCGACCGCACCUCUCUACACAUGGUGGACUUCCUGGUGCACAACAGCAACAACCUGGAUGCGCAGACGAUCCGCGGCAACACCGCACUGCACUACUGCUGUUUGCACAACAAGACCGAGUGCCUUAAGCUGCUGCUAAGAGCCAAGGCUAACACACACAUCAAGAACGAGGCAGGCGAGACUGGACUGGACUUUGCACACAAACUCAAACACUUUGACUGUGAGGAGCUGAUAAAGCAGGCCCAGAAUAACCAGUUUAACAUGCAUGUUCAUGUUGAGUAUGAAUGGAGGCUGCGGCAGGAUGAUCUGUAUGAGAGCGACGACGAGUUGGACGAUAAGGUUGGCCCGGUGAAGAAAGAACGUUCCGGAGGCCGUCCCUUCAGCCUGUACCAGAGCAGCACGAUGAGUCAGGACCGAGGAGGUGGAGGAGGAGGAGGAGGAGGAGGAGGAGGAGGCGGGGGACUCUUCAGCGUGGGCCGCAGACUGGCUUUGGGCCGAGACCACCGCAGGGAGGUGUUCGCAAGCCCCAGCUCUCAGACCCGCAGCCUGGACAGCCCCCCGCCGCCACCGCCCUCCUCGCCCGCACCCCCCCUGCCACCCAGGGUCAGAGUGCCCAACGUGCCACCGCCUCCACCCCCCCUCAGUCCCCCUGAGGGCUGGACGGACGUCAUCAGCAGCAUGGGCAGUGGUGGGGGCAUGGGUGGUGUCAUGGGGGGCAUGGGCGGCGGUGGUGGUGGUGGUGGUGGCAUGGGGAGCAGUAAGAAGCGGACGCCACCCCCUCCGCUCAUCAUCCGGCACAAGCGCACCUACUCGGAGCCCACGCCCCAGCUGCCCCACAGUCCCCAUGCCUCCAGGCACACACACGCCGAUUACGGUGUGCCUGUGAGUUCACGAGUCUUCAGCGGGCCAGAUUCCUCUUUCCAGAAGUGUGGCCCCGGAUCUCCUAAAUACACUGUGACGGCCCUCAACUCCCUUUCGGAGCUGCCCGAGCGAGGCUAUCGACCAGAUGGCGACAGCGGGGGCGUCUCCUCGUCCCACCUGCUCUACCAGACUCCGCUCCACCACUCGGCCAGCGGCAGCAGCAGUGGCGGAGGAGGAGGAGGAGGAGGAGGAGGAGGCCUGGGCCACGGCCCCCCGCUCUCCCCCACCACCCCCCGCUCCUUCAGCCUGGAGUCCAACGGCUCCUCCUCGUCUUCGUCCUCGUGUCACCACGGCAACACGCCACAUCCGAUGCCGCGGAGAUCGCUGAUGAAGCCAAAGUUGCGGCGUGUGAAGGCCAUCUACGACUGUGUGGCUGACCACCACGACGAGCUCACCUUCCACGAGGGCGAAGUCAUUGUGGUGCUGGCAGAGGAGGACGCUGAUUGGUGGCACGGCUAUGUGGAGGGCCAGCCCAACAAGAGAGGGCUCUUUCCCGCUUCUUUUGUCUCCUCUCUGGCUGAGUGACGCACGGCCUGGAGGAGGAGGAGGAGGACAGACGACGACGACGACUGCCCUCGGCUGGCACCGCUUCCCUGGGAACGGACACAGGGGAGCCUCCAUGCGCCCGGGGCUCCCGGGGCCGCUGAAAGGACAGCGGAACAAAAGCCGCUACACGCCACAGUCCCCCCCCCCCCCCCCUUUCCAGGUGGUGCUCCGGGAAGAUGAGCCGAGCCGAUACGGGAACCCUACGGGAGGCCUCUCGGCAGCCCUGAGAGCAUUUCAACAGUUACUUGAAGCGAAGUGUCCGCCAGCCAGUCUGUGUGGAAACCAGUGCUUGCAUACACAUCACGGCGUUGUCAAUGCAGCUGAUGGUGUUUUCCGAGAACAAUAACAAAAAAAUGUGAAAAGAGUGUGUGAUGAUCACUACAAGAAGUCCAAAACGUGUUUACACGUUAGAAGUGUGCUCCAUGUGAAUGUUAUAAAAUAGAGUGGAGAAAUAAUAUAUAUAUACAUAUAUAUAUUUAUUUUCUGUUGUUAUAGUGUGAGAAAGUGAAAGUCUGUGUCAUCCUUCUUGAAAUGUAAAUGUGUAGAUUGAAGAUUUUAAAAAGUAAAUGUGCAUUCUAGGACGUGGUGGACUUGGACUGAAUCAAGCCAAAAUGAUGAGCACACAGUUACACCUGUGUCAGCCGAGAAUGUUUGUCUUUGCUUGUUGGUCUUGUUUUACAUUCCGUAUCCUCACUGCACUUAAGGAAGUAGAUAACAAAGAAUCCCCUGUACUUCACGGAAGUUCAUGUUACACAUUGCAUUGCAUUCCUUUACAUUAUAUUUCUAACCAAAACCUAGAGCCUUCCACCAACUCAAAUUACAUCUACAGUAUUAACACUGUCUAACACAACUAGGGCAUUGCCGUCAUUAAGUAUUAAGUAUGUACUACCUAAAGACAACUCAUUUUGAGUGGAUCUAAAUAGGCUCUAAGCUAUGUAGAUAGCACACAGACACCACUGGGAUAGGGAUAGGUCUCUUUAUUACACAGGAACCACAGUGUGAUCAUGGACAGUGCCGGUGAAAACACAAAAACAUCAACAGUGUCAGUAUCAAUAAACUCAGAUACAUGCACGCAAACUCCCAUAUCAGUUAGUAUAGGAGGGUGUGCUUGUAAAACAGGAACAGAAAGAUUUAAAGUUUCUCUUCUAUUUUAGAGUUAUUUUUUGCCAAGGUCUCUGCAGUUCAAAUUCUUUUGUUUGCGGUGUCCUCCUCAGCUUCCCUGUGUUCACAGUUCCUAUCAUUGUUAGCCCGUGGCAAGGAAACUGAGUCUGUUUGGCUGUUUUUCUUUUUUGUUUUGGUGACCGGUUUCCUUUAAUGAUACUUGAAUUGUGCCCCUAACACACAACACCUUCACUCAUGUGAGUGUUCACAUGUCUGCAGGCAUGAAGCCUGUUGGACAUGUGAUAUUAUUUUUCUACUUCCUUGCACAAUAGCACUCCAGGAAUGGGUAGAAGAUGUCCUGGUCUGUGAUUAAUUGCUGUAAUCUAUAUAUAUUGUAAAUGAAGAAUGAACAUGACCAUUAUUUGCUAUUUUCUAAAUUAUUGGAUGGAGAAUAUGGACGCAGUUUUAUUUUAUUAAACCAGUGACGAAAUGUACUUGAGCCAGAUGUUCUAGCAUUUUAGCCUGUAUCUUAUGAUUAGACAGUUUACAUGGUCUCUUUCUUUUCAUGACUUGACAUUCUGUACCCGGUACCCUUUGUAAGUGUAAAUUUCACAAAAUUGUGUUUUCGUUUUUUGUUUUCUGUUUUGAAUAGGCACUUUUUUUUGUCUGUCAGAAUAUUUUAAUAUGGAUUAUAUUAUCACACUUAUUAAAAGUGACAUGAACAACAAAUAUUUGUUUUGACCUUGACUACAUUGGUCAUUGUGAAUUGAUGUUGAGAGGUGAUUGAUAUAAAGCAAUAUAUGACAAUUUACAUUCAUAUUAAACAAACAUACAAACAAACAAAAACAACAACAACAAAUAUAUAUCGGAACAACACCUAUCAUUGGCCUCUUACGUGUGUAUGUGUCGCUUAAUAUUAAUUAAGAUGGCGGAUUUGUAAAAAAAUGCAAGCACCCACACCAUAAGUGUACCUAAAUUAGCUAAACAGUGUUGUAAGGCUGCGUGUACAAAAACCGCUCCAGUGGAAUUUUGAUUUGCCACGAGAAUUCUGGGUCUAACCGUUGAUGUACAGUGUGACGAAAAGCCAGCACUAAUCUCCGAGCGUGAUAAACAAAAUCAGAUAUUUCAGGAGGUAAAAACUCU